AGAAGACCAGAGAAGAGCUGACGAAGGGGUGGGAUCACGUUAAUCCGUCCCGUGCAGUGCGUCACUUGACCGCCUGAUCUGAGACUGGACGGAGAUGUUGAGUCAGACUCUAACUUAUCAACUACCUCUCCUCAGCUCCGAGUGCUAUUUCACGACACGAGUGCCUACACUGGGUACUUCAUGUCGGCCCUUUUCGGUUCAGUGGCAAACAGUCAUGGCUGCACAGGCAAGUGCGAUGACAGGGAUACUCAGCUUGCCCGACGAGAUUUUAUCCGCUAUAUUCGCCUUGCGAGACAAAUGGGAUUGGGGCUCAUUCCCACGUUACCCUCAAGCGUACAGCCUCCGGUUGACUUGCCGGCGAUUUUACCGUCUCUCCAAUCACCUUAUAGUCCGACGUAAGACGACUGUCGAUAUUAGCCGGCCAGAAACUCUCGCCCGCCUACGUAUCAUAGCAGAGAAUCCGAUCCUUGCCGCAGGACUGAUUAAGGUCAAUGUCCGCCUUCACUUUUAUCACCCGUGGGUAGCGGCUAGUUUUGACAACUUCACGUCGUCAGUCAUUUCAGAAUGGCAGCAGAGACGGCAAAACUGGGGAGUCGGUUUCACCACAUUUGACCCAAUUUCUUUCCAGGAAAUCCUAAGCCGUCUCCUGGACCAGUUGGACACUGCAGAUGAAAGAGAAGACGAGGUUUAUGAGACGGAAGAGGGAGCACCCUCCGCCAACAGCGCCCCAAGUCCGAGAAAGAUCAUGUGCCGGGCGUACGACGUGUAUAAGAAGGGCUUCGAGGCUCAAAAUUUGCUGCUUAGCAAUGGAAAGUUCGAACAGGAACUCGCCAAGACGAUUUCAAAGCUACCAAACGUCCGUGGCUUAGCCUUGCAUGAUGUCGAUCCUAAAAUCAAUUGUGAGCCGGGAAGGGACAUCAUAGCGAUACCCAGAGACGAUAUAAGAGCGCAAGAGGAGGCCCUUGUUAUGGUCUUGUCACGUCCUAUGGUGUGGGAGGAUGCUCGUUGGAUCAUGCCCCAAGGCGAUAUCUGGCCUGGAGUGCCCAUCAAUCUUCUGGUCACCAUUCCAUUGGCGAUUGCAAACGUCGGCGGUGUCAUUCUUGAAUACAUUGGUAUUCUGGUAUCGGCUGCGCCCGACUACACGCUUUUGGAUCUGGACACGAAUCGGUUGGAUCAGCUGUCAGCCGCCGUGAGAGCCAUGCAGCUAUCUUACUUCAGAUUUCGGCCUCGCUGCUAUCAAGCCUGCGGUCCCUGGGAGGUCGAUGAUCAAGGAACAACUGUCUUCGCGAACAGGACACUCGGCGAAUUAAAUUGUAUCAACCAGUAUCUCGGUGCCUUCCUCGCGGCGAAGUGUAUUCGUCAUGUCGAAAUACAUCUACAGGAUUUCUGGGUUAGCGCUGGUACGUCUAUUCGGGUAGCGCCUACCUCUCUGGGAGCUGCCUUCUCAUGGCCUCUGGGUUCUGAACUUGCCUAUAUCUCACUUAAAGCGGUGUGCCUGGUUGAUGAGGAGCUCGAGGGGUUAGCAAGGUCCUUGCUGCCAGACUCUGUGAUAGAACUGCAAGACAUUCAACUGCUUGCGGGCUCGUGGAUAGAUGCUAUUGACACGCUCAGGCAGGAGCUGCGAAGUCCACGUCAUGUUCGUAUUAGGUUUCGUCUUGACGGCGAUGAGGGUUACACGUAUUUCGAGCGUCAACUUCGGUUAGCAUUUGAGCGCGGCGGAUUGUUCGGAGAUUCCCUAGUAGAGCGGUUUGUUAAGGGUGAGGAUAUUGAUUUUGCAGACCCCUUGCACUUCUAACGGUCAUGUCUUGGCCAGGUCGUGGAUGAUUUCGAAAUGCAAACAUUCACAUCCUAUAGUCUCGCGGUGUUGUCUGGAUGAGAAAGUUUACAGGUACUGAUAUAAGAAGGCCAAUUCGCAUAGCUAGCCUCCCUCCACCUACAGUCACUACUACCUUAUCUGAGCUAUAUGUCUAGACCUAGUGAGGUGUGCUGAUGUCUAUUCUUUUCACGAAGUUAUGGCGGUGCCAGAAGCUCCUGUAUCGUUUUCCAAAGACAUAUACAACCAAAGUUGUUGCCACGAGAAAGAAACUGAUUCCACCAAAUGUGUAGAACGGAAUUGCAGGUCCAGCACUCUCCACCCAGUUGUUUACAAAAUAGCUGUAACC